CAAAAGCUCUAAACAAAUCAAUCAAAAAUAAAAAAAAAUCUACAAAAACUAAAAAAAAAUCAAAAGUAAUUAUUGAUUCUGAAGAUUCAAGCGAAAAUGAUCAUAGGAAAAGCUUAAGCACUGAUAAACUUAAGUAUCAAGAACAACUUUUAACACUAAAAGAACGUGAGCUAGCCUUGAGAGAAUGUGAAGCAAAAGUUCAUUCAAUCAAAUUAGCAAAUCUUAAAAAAGAGCAAGUAUUAAAGUCUACAAGUUAA